AUGUCGGGAAUGCACUCCACCUUCUCCAGCUCCGUCACUGGCGACAACCGCCACAGCUAUGCCGUCCUUUCUGCCCUCCAACAGGGUGCCAGCACGACCAGCACGACCGACAACGGCUCAUACCCCUCACCCUACAGAAAGGACGCCGACGCCGCUUCCGUCUCAACCUUCGGCAGCUCCAUAUCCCUGAUCAAGGAGAAGCUUCCCAGCUAUUCGGGCGCAUCAUCCACCUCCCGCUCAAAAAAGUCUUCAUCCCUCGUGGCUCGCCAACGAGCCGCCGAAGACGCCAAGGCACAGGCCUCGAGGGCUCAAUCCGCGGCCUCCUUGGCUUCUUCGAUUCGAAAUGACUUGUAG